AUGGCUCAAAACGCACCUAAAGAUAAGAAUUACCCUAACAUAUCCAAUAUGAAUCAUUCUGACACAUCCAACAUGAAGUAUUCUGACACAUCCAACAUGAAUUAUUUUGACAUAUCCAAUGAGAAUUACUCUGACGUAUCCAAUAUGAAUUUUAAUGAAGAAUAUAAGGAAGUCGCCCGUGAAGGUUCCUAUCUCUUGAAUUCCCAUUCAGGAAGUCCUGCAUGCACAUUCUUACAGGAAGUCACCCGUGAAGAUUUUUAUCUUCUGGAUUCCUAUCCAGGAAG